AAAGAAGAAGAAACCCGAAAGCAAUAUAUGAUGAAAACGAAUUCAGUACAUGUUCAAUGAGGGGAUCAUUUUUUUCAUGCAGCAAUAAUUUCUAUGGCGGCCAUAGUGAUUUCAUCGGUGAUGACUGUGUGACAAGUCAUGACAUUAUUUUCUAAAAUAAAUUAUUUCAUUCGAUGGCAGACACGUUUUUUGGAUUUGAUACCACAGCACCGCGAUUCGAUAAUGAUGGCGGUGGACUGGAAGAACAAGACGAUUAUGAUGCACUGAACGAAGAGACUUUUGGAUCGGCCAUCAACGACGAUUGGGAGGGUGAGCAUGAAAAUCUAGUGCUGCUCGACAGCAAUGGAAAUACGAGCGGCAAAGAAAAAGAUGAAACUGAUGAUGGCGAUUUGGGAGAUUUAGAUUUUAGUAUCGCUCGCAUGGGGUUGGAGGAUUGUGAGGAAGUAGAUGAUGAUAUUGAAGGACGUGUUCAAUUAGAUCCAAGUGUAUGGUCAAGCAGAGGUUUUAAUGGCAUGAUUCCACGGGAACAUUUCAUGCCGCAUCUUCUGUCUAUGCCGAACUCUGGAAUGAAUAUUGCCGGUCCUAGCAUUGCCAAUCCAUUUCAACAACAAUUGGCCAAUCAAUCACAUCAACAACACUUAUUAAAUACUUCCAGACAGCCAAAUGUGCCCCCAAAAAUCAUGUCGGUGGAAGAUUUGGAACGAAAUCAAAUACGAAAUCAGCAAAUGCAACAAAAAGUUGAACCGAAUAUGAAACCACCAACGCCACAAAAUCAACAUCAACGGCCCAAUAUUCAACAACAACAGCAACAGCAGCCAUUUUCUCAAUCAUUAGCUCAAACGUCAAAAGGACAACCGAUGUUUCUACCGCAUCUAAAUGUAGCAAAUGAAUUGCAAAAGAAUACAAACCAACGAAUUCCGAUAGGUUUUCCAGUUAACAUGCUACCACCGCAUAUGAAUGCCCAAAAUUCCCAGAUGCAUCCAAAUUUAGCUAGAGUCCCACCCAAUGUUUUAAUGCAACAAAAUAACUUCAACGUGAAUUCAAUGCGUACUGCUACGCCACCAACGCCGAUAAUGCAGAUGCAUCAGAAACAAAUGCAACAACCACAACCGCCAGGCAUUCAACCACCCACAUCGGCUCAACAAACAUCACAACCACAUAAGCGUGUUGGUGUUGGCAUGAUACCUCCACAUAUGCAAUUACCGCAAUUCCAAUCGGCGCAACAACAACAAUCCGCAUCAGUUAAUCAAUUCAACAAACGUUUGGUGCAUGAAAUCCAACAAAAUCAUCCUAUGCUUUUAAACGCAAAAAACAACACCAAGGGCAAUAAUGCGUUUCCGUUUGGUGUGCCAGGAGGAGUUUUACCAGGCGGAAUGAACCUUCAUCAUCAAAACAUGCAAUAUCAUCAUCAUCAACAACAACAGCAGCAGCAACAGCAGCAGCAACAACAACAACAUCAUCAAAACCAGCAACAGCGGAAUAGCAACAACAACAACAACAACAAUAACAAUAAUCAACAUCAAAAUCGUCUAAUGAAUGGAACAUUGGAAUAUGAUGAAUAUGCAAAUUUGAUGAGCCAACGAGAUAAACAAUGGUUGAUCGGCAUCCAGUUGUCACAAUUGAAUACAGGAACGCCAUACAUUGAUGAUUUUUACUAUACUGUUUUUAAAGAACGUCGAGCUAAAUUGAAGGGCAUCAAAGAAAAUAAAGCACAUAAAGACAACCAAUUGAAUCAUCCACUAAUUCAGCCAAAAGGUCAUGCACAACUAGUUCUUAUUUCAAUGGGCAAUAAAAAUGGAACAAACCAACAGCGUAAUCAGCGUGAACGGAAAAAUAGCGAAUCAAAUAAAGAUAAAGAAACGCCACGCACCUAUACACCGCUACAAUUUGAAAAUUCGUUGGGCAAACUACAGUGCGGCAGUGUAACUGCACCGCGUAAAAUCAUUGACAUGGAUGUUGUGGGCGCUGAUACGGGCAGCCCAAUUAAUUCAACAAAUGAAAUAUCCACACAACGUAAAUCAAGACAAAUUCUAUUGCAUAUAGAAACCUUAUAUCGUAUCGCACUCAAACUGGAGGAUUUAGAAGAUCCAACAGCCAUUGCAACUGCACUAAUUGUGAAGGAGCGAAAAGAAAAGGCCGCUGAACAAGAGCGCCUAAUGGAAUGCAAAGAUAACCCGGAUUUUGUACCAAACGCAUCGAGAUCAUCAUCAUCGUUGAGUGCUGACAAAGAAGAGACACGCGAAGAACUACUGGAAAAACUUUUAACAGGAUUGACACACGAAAAAGUAGCGCAAAUGAUGACCAUUCGCAAGGGAAAGACGUUGAUAAAACGUGUACUUGCACUACUCAAAGAAAAUGUUUAUCGAUGGGAUGUGUGGAUUGCGAUAUUGGCUGCGUUGCCACUACUCGUGAAAAAAGACAGAGAGGAUGCUGAGAGUCCACUGUUCAUACUAUUUCCUGAGUUUCAAUCAUACAUUGAAAACGCUUCGAUAGAUUCAAUACUUCGGCUUACUAAUACGCUCAUCUCUUGCGAAAAGCUCAGCUUUAUUUUUACAAAUAAGUUUUCAAUAUCGUGUGUCAUUGUGCUGAUAGUGAAAAUGGAAAGCGUUUAUGCAAUAUCACCAAACGCCAUAACUCCUACACAGCAAAUAUCAUGGUUAGAAUUUUUAACAGCAUUAUCAAUUGCGGUCGAUAAACUGGGAAAUUUGCAACUGGCGAAUGUUGCAUACGAAAAUGAUAUACUAAAACCAUUACUAAAUCAUUUUUCGCGCUUCCAUGAUUUAAAAUCGCAAACCCUAAUUGCAGUGCUAACGCAAAAAAACUCAUAAAUCGAACAAAUUUGUGUUUCUUUUGUAUUUUUAUGUAGGUUUUUUUUGGUAAAAUAGUAAUAGAGGUAUAGUCGGCGCUUAUACACAGAAAAAUCUAACUAAUAAAUAGUUGAUAAAAUUGUUUGAAUAUAUUUAAAAAAAAAAACAAUGACAACAAGAAGCUAUUACAUGUUUCAGAUCUACAUAAAUACAUCUUUUUCGACAUUAUUUUUCGCGCUGAAAACAAACAUCAUACACACACAUACACAAUUUUGUAAAUUAUUCAAAUUCAUUUAAUUUAACACUAGUUUGAAUACUGCUAGCUUGAAGUUUAAUAUCCAAGAAAAUAAAAUUAGUACACAAAGAAACAAACAAACAAGAAAAAAAAAAAA